AUCAAGAUGAGAAAUUGCUUUAGGAAAUGAGUUGCUAUCCUUACCCUUUUAUUCAUUUUAUCGUGUGCUUACGCACUGAAAUCCAGUAAUAUUUUACAAGAUAAUGUGAUAACUACUCAAGAAGGCUCGAAUAAGAAUGGUUCCGAUAAAGCCUCGAAAAAGAUAAAGCCUGGAAUCAUUCGCACUCCUGGUGCGAAUAAGCAAGGGAAUUUUACUUUCUGGGACUACUCUAAAAAUCUUCAGUGGGAGAAGAUGAAGACAGCAGUUCAUUCAAGAAAAGAGGUCAUUCUCUACUCCAGUUCUAUAGUGAUUUUCACUAUCUUUGUAGUUUUAUUCAUCAAGGCUAUAAAGUCCAAGUACGACAAUUCCCAGUUUAAUGACAAGAAUCUAUUUGAUGCUAAAAGUAUGUUUAAAAAGAAGGCGAGGUCUUCAUACGAGAAGAAAGGCCAAGGAGAUAACGGUCUCAACACCAUCCUUGAGGAUGCAAAUGAGUCUUACGACGUUGAGAAUUUCAAUAAGCGAGAAACUUGUAAAACUAUCUAUGAGGAUAGAUAUAGCGAUACUUACGGACAAUUUUCAAAUCAGCGAAAGAGCAGCAAAUUAGGUGAAAACUUCCUAGAGGGCUACAGAAAUGUGAAAGAAGGCAAGAUAAGUGAAGAGCCUGAUGUCAGCACUUUCUCCACGGAUAGAUCUGAAGAUUACCCUCUCCCACAUAGAAAUUUUAUGAAAAAUAAAUUUGAGAAGGAUGAACUAGAAAAAGCAGCAUACUUGAAGGAGAAGGAAAACGCUAUUUUUGGAAUGGCAAGUGGACAAAGUGAUUAUGAUUCCAAGCAAGGCAUUCAAGACCAGAUUAAGACCCAAAUUAAGUUUAAUUUCUCGGAAUCCGAAUCUGAAUUCGAUGAUCUUUCUGAAAAUCCUAGGCAGGAAGAUCUUAAUAAUAUCAAUGGACGUGAGACAAUAGACCUCAAUGGCCCUUUGUAUGACCCAGCUACAUUCAAAAAGAAAGUAAAAGGAUGUAUGUCUGAGUUUAGUCAAGCAGAAAGUGAAGCUAAUGACAUGAAUAAGUUACUCCACAAUAUGGAAGCCAAUUCAUUAAAAGACGUCGAGGAUGACGUAGUGUCUAACUCAUCAGAUUCAAGAGUCAAUCAAGGAGCGAUGCUAAGGUCUAGGCACCAAAAUAGGGACAUGGAAGACAUAUUCUUUUAAUUCCCACAUAAACUUAUUUUCCAUUAA